UGGAGGUAUGAAUUAAAGUCAAUUGUUUAUUGACGUGCUGUGCUUGUGUACACAAAACAACAAACAAUGUACAAAGUACAGUUAUAUUACUAUAUUAGUGUAAUCAUUCAUGGUGACUGAUGGAGGAAGGAAAAUCUACAGUUGAUGCUCCAAUCUAAGUCAGUAAAAAUACCGGGUAUUCUUUGUAAUCGGCUCUUCGGGAAGAGAAGAAAUGGCUGUGAGUUUUGAAUGAUAUUUUGAUGGUUUUUGAUGAUUUUUUGAUGGUUUAAAAACUAAACGGAACGCGGAAAAGAUACACUGAAAAAACAUGGAGUUGGAAAAUGUGCCGAUCAAUACCAACACACUUACGUCCCAUGGAAGCACCGAGGAUAAUUUGUCAGGGGCAAAUGAUAUCAGCAACAUGGAUGAAGUUCCUUUGGAUGGAACUCAUCUGCUGACGGUCGAACAAGUUAAAUUUUGGAGGAAAUCCGCUUUAGUCGUUGCCUGGACUUCUGUCAUUGUUCUCUUAGUACUGGGUUGCAUAAGUUUCGGUGUUUCUAUUAUGACAGAAAGUGCGGCUACAUUUGGAUUUGCAUUUGAUUGCAUUCUGGAUGUCUGUACAUCAGCUGUCGUCAUUUGGAGAUUUUAUGGUUCUUUAACAAACGUCUACUCUGAGCGCAGAGAAAGAAUUGCCUUGCUAUUCCUAGCAUCUUUUUUCCUAAUUGCCAGCUUUGCUAUCAUUGUACGAGACAUCACCGAGGUCUUAGACCAAACCCAUACGAAAAAUUUUUCAGUCUUGUACACACUAGCUGCAGUCAGCGGGACAGUAUGUUUAUUCCUGGCGUUGUUUAAGAUUGUAAUUGCUAAGAAACUCGAGAGCAAGGCAGUAAAAAGUGACGGUUACAGUUCUUUGGCUGGUGCUGUGACAGGUUUCAGUAUUUUGGUCAGCUCAGAGGUAUCCAGUAAACAUCCAACUGUGUGGUACCUAGACAACGUUGUUGGAUUCUGCAUAGCUUUCCUGCUAUUUGUGUAUGGAAUAAUGUUAUUAACGGAUGCGUUGACCUUGGAUGCUUGUCCUUGUUCGAGAUGUUGUUGCUGGAAAGACCCAGCAGCAAAACAAGCUGAUCUCCAGGAAAAACAAGUUGUUAAAGGAGAUAAGUAAACCGUCGGACAUCCGUUUCAGAACUGUGCUCCAGAGUCGCAGCGAACCAAAUUCUGAAUUAAGUACAAGAAAAGUUUGGCGUCUGAAACAGUUAGACCUUGGCCCUUGUCUUUAUUCGCAAUAUAAAGACAGGUCACUGCUCCUUAAAUCCAGUGAUUUCAUUGUACAAUGAUACCAUUUCAUAAACUUGCAGUGAAAUGAGCUAGUUUUCCAUAGAUGCCCAAACAGCUGUCACGUCCGCAAUGGAAUUUGACUGUGUCUCUCUAUGUCCAAUUAAUGUAGGUCAAAGGUGAAUAUACACGCCUGUCUCGAGGCAGGUUUGUGGCAUUAAUCACAAGCCUCGAAGUGUGACGUCAGAUGUUCAGGCUAAGAGUGACUGGACUCUGGAGCGCCUUGGUUUCAGACGUUGAUCUUGUCAUGAGUCAAGGGCAAUGUAAAUGUUAUAAUAUGUUCGCCUGUCUAAAGGGGAGGGGGGGGGGGGUUCACCGCGACUCUGGCAUGCCUGUCUGAAACGGUGUAAAGGGAUCAGUGGUUGACAAUAUUCAAUGUUUUUUCAAACGGUGUCUUGCAAAACUUGAGUUACUGGAUUGAGUGGAUGAGCUAACGAACAUAUGCUUCUAAUACUUCCAAGAUUCAAUGAAGCAGAUGCAUUCUCUAAUAGUAGGCAUUACAAAGGCUUUAAAUGUUUCAUAGAGCCAGGUGUAAAUAAGAAAAUUUAUUAUCGUCUUAUUAUUGGUGUAUAUAUUUCAAAAGGUGACUACAUUAUAAUCUUUCACAGCGACUUGGCUUUUAUAAAUGCUGUUGUUUGUGAAAAAAAAAAGAUAAGGUAUAUUAUAUAUUUAUUUAUUCCAUUGUGAAGUUCGGAUAUGAAUCUAUUAAGAUAUCACUUUGACAAUAACUAUUGUAAGGAUGAAUAGCACCCUCUGUUGACUAUUUUGUGAGUUAUUAAUAAUCCAAUGUGAUUUUAUAGGAUUUUAAGUUCUGGUUCUAAGUUUGGUUUAGGUUUAAAUAAGGAGCAAGUUCGAGUGCGUAACUACACGUAGCUCUCACAUUGACCAUAUCGACCACAAGUGUCAAGACCGCGACUCGAACCCCCUCUACAGAUCAGAAACACCGGAGCUUGAUUCCGGUGCGCUCGGCCACGACACGGUACUUUCUGAAUAAAAGAAGAAGAGUCUUAACAACUGAUAUAAUUUUGUAAAGAGAGGAGUUUAUUUGACCCAUACCACGUAUUAUUGAUUUAAGAGAAUAGAACUAUCUUUAUUACAUGCAAUUUUUGUCUUUUAACUAGAAAGGUCUUUUUGUAACAAAAAUAUCGUUCAAUAACAAAAAUACGUUUUUAAAGAUUUGUGUGCAUGAUACACGGGCACUUCUCAAAAUACCAGAGAUUGUUUUGUUCAUUUUUAUGACGGAAUCAAUUUAUAAAGCAAAGCCGUUUGAAAAAGCGUUUUUACAAACUGUGGUUGGCAUUUUAGUUACAAAAAAUUAGAGAAUGAUCUUUACUAAAGCUGGAAAAAUAAUAAAUAAACCAGUGACUAAAUCAUAAGAAGGUGUUUUCCCGUUAGAUAAAAUUGGGGACAAAAGUUAAAGGUCACAAAUACAAUUUUUCUAUUUGGAAAUAUGAUAAGAUCUGGCUCUGGCACAACCGUAAGCCUUGCUCCAGGUCUGCGGGAACGGGUUUGCUAUAAGCGCUGCAUCACCCCCAUUAAUAGGGACGGGGUUGCUGGAAUUUACUAAAAGCCUCCCUACUUUUUGAACAUGCAAAUAUGUAUAUUUUAUCACAGGAUAAUUCUUACUUAAUAAAAAAAAAAAUCCCUGAAAAAAGAACAAAUUGCAAUCACAAAAAAAUAAUCAAUUAUGCUGAAUUCCGGCUAUUUCAGCACCACGCCCUUUAUACAUGUCUAACUUUCAUGACAUUGGCACCGCUGGCAUGCAUUCAACACAGCAUUGAAAUGCAAAAAUGCGCUCUCGCAGGCCUGCCUUGCUCUAGGCCUUUAUCCUCAACAAUGCACAGAGGUUGGAUCGGGUUUUUGUUCACAGGUACCCCCUUUUUUAAGCAGACUAAUCUGGAUUUACAACAGGGUUGUAGUUGGAUUUGCCGUAGUUUUUGCUUUAAAACACCUUAUUGUACUGAUACUGAUAACUAGUCCAAGUGAAGCUUAGACCGUAUCCAAAUUGGCAUCUACAGAUACGGCUGCGGCUGUUGUUAAGGCUGUUGCUAAGGAUGUCCUACACAUCAACACAUGAUAACGAAAAAAUCUAGCCGUAGCCGCCAAUUCGGACACAGCUUCAUCUUGAUUCUGGAGAUACCUGAUUUGACAGUGAAACAAUUUUACUUUUCCAUUAAAUCUACAAACACAUGCAACAUGAAGUACUGUAUUUUUGUUAGUACUGCUCUAAAGCACUUUAAGAGACACUGUAUGUACUGUACUUAUACGUUACUAAAUUUCCUUAAUUGAAGUUUAUAUUGCAACUACUAGAUCUUGUUCCUUGAAUGGUUAAAUAUCUACAAUAAAAGUUGAGCUAAGUAUGUUUAAGAAGGAGUUGUGAGACAAUGAAUGAUUAAUCAACU